AUGGACGAUCCCAAUGCUGACACAGAAUGGAACGAUAUUUUACGUUCUAAAGGCAUCCUCCCUCCUAAGGAUGAAGAAAAAGACGACAGAAUGGAAGAUGCUUUUGUUGACAUGGUUAGAGCAAGACAGGAUAGAUUAGACAGUCUUGAAAACAAGGAUCUUGAUGAACUUGACGAACUAGAAGAUCUCGAGGACGAUCAGAUUUUAAACCAAUAUAGACAUCAGCGCAUGAUGGAAAUGCACGCUUUAGCUGCAAAGGAGAAAUAUGGUGAAGUUUACGAAAUCUCAAAGCCUGACUUUAUUAGAGAAGUUACAGAAGCCAGCAAGGAUUGCCAUGUCGUGGUCCAUUUAUACAAGGAUUAUAUCCCAGCCUCCAAACUGAUGACUCGCUGCUUAACCGAAUUGGCAUCACAAUUUAAAGCAACCAAAUUUGUUAGGAUUGCAAGUGACCAAUGUAUCCCCAACUUCCCCGAUCAUAAUGUCCCUACUAUUUUGAUCUAUGGCGAUGGUGAUAUCAAAGCAAAUUUGGCUGGUGCUAUCCAAUUCGGUGGAAUGAAAAUGACUGCAAAGAGCCUUCGUGCUUUGUUUUCCCAAUAUGGCGCGGUUCCUCCUGAAAAGGUUAUUGAUGAAGACGAAAAAAAUGCACAGCCCAAGAAGACGAUUUAUCAAUCAAGGGCAACUGCUGCUCUUAGUAGUGAUGAAGAAAGCGAUGACGAUGAUAGAGGCUAUUACUAA